CAUAGACCUCAAAGACGACAGAUAGAGUCGUCGUUUCAGGCAAAAGAAGAGAGUGACAAAAAGUUGUGGUUUAUUGUGUAAAUUAAGUGCAAUGCAAAGACGCAAGACAAAACCCCUAAACCCUGGGAAUGAAGAAGACGAAGAAGAGUGUGGAAGAAAAUGGGGGAAAGUUCAAUGGUGCUGAGAGGUCAGCGUAUUUCGCACGCAGAGAGGCAGCGAAGGUGCUGAGAGUGGUUCUCGAAGGAGACGCUAAGCGCCGCGCUCUUGCCUCCAUCAAAUCCCUCAUCUAUCAACCUUCCGUUAGGAACAAGAAGGCCACUUUCGCUCUCAUUUGUCAAACCCUAAAACAUCUUCCCAUCAUCAAAGAUGUCUUGGAAGCUGCUUCCAUUCUCAACACCAAGUGGAAGCAGAGGCAACGAGAAUUGGUUUAUAUCAUUGUCUAUGAUAUCCUUUUCGGCAAGGUGGUUUCACUAGUUGGUGAUGCAGAGAAGUACCUUAUGCGACACGAAGGCGCUCUGCGUUCGACUCUUAAACAGCUUUUGUUACAGAGAAAUGUGAAGACUGUUAAACAGUUGAUUGCUCUGCAUGACAUUCCAGAUGUUUCUGUACCUCGGUAUGUUCGUGUGAAUACGCUUAAACUGGAUGUUGAUUCUGCCUUGCUUGAACUUCAGAAAAAUUACUCGGUUCAAAAAGAUAAUCUGCUGGCUGAGUUACUGAUUCUCCCAAAAGGCACUGAUUUACAUGAUCACCCUCUUGUUAAAAACGGCAGUAUCUUUAUGCAAACAAACUUUUGUAAAGGGUAAGGCAAGUUCCAUGGCAGCACCAGCUCUUAGCCCUCAACCAGGAUGGGAGGUGAGUUAUUGCUGCAAUGUAAUAAACGUUUAAGAUAUGAAUUUGAUUCAAUCAUAGGUGCAUUCUACUUCUUCAUUCCUUGUAAACAUCACCUAUUACCCUAUCAUUUCUGUCCCCACCCACUUUCUAGGCUUGGAUCUUUUUUACGUUGGACUUGCAACUCUUUCACUUUUCUUUCUUUUUGAAGAGUAUUUCUGAAAAGAAAAGAAAGUUUGCUCUUAUU